UAUUUCUGUAGAAACUCGUGACUAGGGACAGUAGCUUGACUGAUGAUCAGAAGGGUGGUUGUGGAGCUCUGCAGUUUAUCUACAGGAGCUUAUGCGGUUAUCAUAUCCAUGCCGCCCCUUUGACCGCCUAGAGAAUUUGGUGUAUUUGGUGGUGGAUUCUUCCUUUCUUCUUUCGGCUCUUCCGCUCUCAAGGCCGGGGCGUCUGCCCGAUGUGUUCGCGGUGGAUCUGUUGCUACUGUAUCACGUGGUGGUGGGAGAGGUAUGGGGACUGCUCGCCAUGGUGUGCUGGCUGUUUUGCCGGCAGUUCCUGCUUCGGUUGCAACUCCGUCUGGUCGUGGAUGUGCCAUAUGGUAUAGGGGACGGCGGCCGCCAUGCUGUGUCUACUUAUGCGGUGGACAUUUCGCUUCGGCCACAGUCUUCUCCCUUGGUUGCUGAUGGGCGCGGAACAACCCUGCUUUCUGUUGACCUGGCUGAUCCUGCUGCAGCUUGCCCCCCCCCCCCCCCCCCCCCCCCAUCUUUUUUUUAUUCAGUGCCAGCGGCUUCUUUUCCUGCGGUUCAUGGUUACUGUUCUGGACCAUCGUCUUCAUCCGUUUUGCUGGACCCUCCGCAACGGCCUGUGGUGGCUCCUUUGGGUUCUGCGCCAUCGUUUGUGGCAGGUUGUCACACUGAUUUCUGCGGUCGGUCUACGCCAUUGGGCUUAUCUCAAUUAGAAGAAAACGAAAAAUCUUUUGAGCUAUGCUCGGGCAAGAGCAAGGUUCCACGUUUGCCCCCUCCGUUUUCUAAGGAACAUGUUGCUUUACUGAAACGGUGGCCAAUGAACCAUGCUGGAAUGAGCUCGAGCCGGUGCCUUUCAUUCUCCUAAAAGGACAGACCCAGUGCAUAGAAGCUCCCACACAAGGUGGGGGUCUGGGGAGGGAUUAUAGGAACCUAGUCUUACCCCUGCUACAGUGCAAUGCAGAGAGGCUGGUUCGAACCCAGGACCUCUUUGCACAAGUGGGAAAUACUUCACCACUGCGCCAGGCCUGCCCUCGCCUUUCAUUCUCCUCCUUUGCGCAAUUUUUUUUCUCCGUGCAGAGGUGGAAGAUGACAAGGAGCUGCCUGCCUGCUACCCCAAAUGGAUGCGCUACCCAGUCAGCCGAGUGACGGCAGAUCGAAGUGGAAUGGCCUCUGUGGCUCACUGGUUUUGAUUCAGUUGGAAGGGCUCUCCGGGCUUAAGAUAAUCGUGUUGUUGUACCUGAAUGUAUAUAAUCGGCUUCUCAACUCAUGUGGCAUAAAACUUGAGUCGCCUACAAAUGAUUUUGCCUGUCCCAGUCUUCAGUUCACGAUGAGUUCAUUUGGCGCAUGGAGACAAACGAGGGCAGGGGGAGAGAGAGAGAGAGAGGAGGAGAAAAAGGCAAAACCUGAACCACCGACAACUGCUUGGUCUUGCUACUCCGGUCGUGGUGUUUCUUAUGUGCAUUUUUUAUUUGCAGAGAACUGGGCUCUAUCAGAUUCUAUAGUUACAGGUUGUUUCUUAUGUGCAGUUUUUUCAUCUAUUUUGUUGAAAAGAAGUAUGCUUUAGAGAAAAGAGAAAUUAAAAAAUGCCUUUAUCAAAUAAAGACCUGGCUUCUUAUUUUGCUUGCCAGGCUCAAGAUCUCUAGCUAUCAAUGAAAUUUCCAGAGUAGUUUUUGUUGA